CUGCGGUAUCGUCAAUUUUCGCACCGUCAGUAUUUUGCGAUUGAAUCAUUGAUUCGGAACCGAUUAAUCAUCACACCGUCGACGUCGAAUCGAGACCAUGGCUGAGCAACAGUCUCCCCCUCCGGCUGGAAGCCGCGACAAGCUUGAAGCUCAGAUCAAGUCGGCGGAUAUGACUGAGGAUAUGCAACAAGAGGCUAUCGAUGUCGCUCAGGAAGCUAUGGGCAAGUACACCAUCGAGAAGGACAUCGCACAACACAUCAAACGCACGUUCGACGAACGAAAGGGCCCGACUUGGCAUUGCAUAGUGGGACGCAACUUCGGAAGCUUCGUCACUCACGAGACGAAGCAUUUCAUCUACUUUUAUCUGGGACACUGCGCUAUCUUGUUAUUCAAGACGCAGUAGAGCUGUGACUCUGGAAUAAGGGAUCUAGUUGUACCUCUCGGACUCCUUUCCCACUAUGUCAGAGUCUUAGCCGCAGUCGCCCGUAACAUUCGUAACAUGCGACGACGUGCACGAUCGUCAGGAUUGCAAGGACAGGAAUUUCAAGGGCACGAAUU